UAAAUCCAGUGCAAGCUGACGUCAUGUAACCGGUCUCGUUUCUCGCGCCAAACGAAAACAACGCGAACUGGAGCCUGGAGAGGAUUUCAAAUUCUACUCAAUUUGGUCGACAACUUCGAGUCCCCUUCCCUCUCUCUCUCUCUCUCUCUCUUUUUCCCUGUGUGUGUGUGUACGGACGCGAUGAGCUCGCCCCUGAAAUUUCGUCUGUCCCCGGUCGUUGAGAGCACUCUCCGGCGACUUCGUGAAGAGCGGUCGCUAGGUGCGCCGGAUGCUAGCGCUCUCGAAGGGCUGAGCUCCCUCCCGGAGGAAACCGCGGUUGAUAUCCUCAAUGCGAUCGCGGCUGGAAGGGUUACCAACCUUUCCGCCUCUAUCAUCUUAUCAGUGAAGAUGCACCGUGGUACCGGCCGAACCUCAGGAAGUGCCAGUCCCGCCGGCUCACCAGUGACCCCGAUAGAGCGAAAGGAAUGCUAUACGAAUAAUCCAGAGCUCCCAAAUCCGUACGGGUCCAUAACUGCUUGCCAGUCACUGGUGUUCAGAAAUGCAAACAUGCCUACCACCUCUCAGCAUUUGGUGGUUCUGGGGGAACUCGAAUUUCGAAAGGCAUUUCUAAUCUUAAGUUACGUUGGGGAAAAAAGACUUGAAAAUGCAAUAUCAGUGGACAAAAUCCUUCAGUUGAAGGAUUUGCCCAUGUCCACCUUUGAGGAGGAAGUUUGGAGAGCAAUAGGAAGACAUUGCGUCCCAAAUGGAAGAUUGAAACAGAAUCAGGAUUGGGAUUCUGGGAAAACUCAUCAGUAUCAUUGUCUCGUUGACCAUAAUGGUAACAUCAGUUUUAAGGGUCCAUAUUUUCAUCACACGACUAAUAUCCUUCAAAGAGUCCUAGGCGAUGACAAUGUUUUGUUGGUCAAGUUUGCUGAAACAGAGAACGCUAGUGGAUCUAAACUUCACUUACCUCAGUAUACAAAUAUUUUUCACAAUGUUGCAGAUGAUGGAAUUUAUGUAGGAUUACGGCUUUAUCGUUUUUUCGUUUACAAAGAUGGUGGGAAAGAGGAGAAGAAGAAGAAUAACUAUUCUUCUGUGAAGUGUUUUUUUGUUCGCACAGAGUCAAGAGCUGCUAUUGACCAAGCAGAGGAUUAUAUCUUGUCAAACAAAUCAAUUACUGAAGCUAGGGCUAUGUUUAUGCAUGUACAUACGCUUCCUCACUUGUCAAAGUAUAUGGCAAGAUUUUCUCUUAUUUUGUCAAAGACUAUAGAGUUACCAGUUGAUCUUAGGGCAGUGAAUGUUGAAUUUAUUGAAGACAUACUGUGCUUGGAUGAUAACAAUGUGGCAGUUUUUGAUGAUAAUGGCAAGGAACUAAUUCACACAGAUGGGACUGGGUUUAUUUCUGAAGAUUUGGCUUUGAGAUGUCCAAAAGUAGUAAACGGUCAAUUUGAGAAGGAAAAGAACAUGUUAUGCAAGAGGAGGACAUGUGAUGCUGAGGAUCCACCAUUGUUAAUACAGUUUCGUCUUUUUUACAAGGGUUAUGCAAUAAAAGGAACAGCCCUUAUUAAUAAAAUGCUGCCUCCAAAUACAAUUCAGGUACGCGACUCGAUGGUGAAGGUUGAUAGAGAUGUGCUUGCAAACACUCACUCAAUCAAUUCCUUUGAGAUUGUCUCAACUAGUGUUCGUCCUAAGAAGACAUUUCUCUCAAGAUAUUUAAUUGCGUUGCUAAGUUAUGGUGGUGUUCCCAAAGAUUUCUUUCUGGGACUUGUGACAGAUGCACUAGACGAUGCUAAACAUGCAUACUCCAAUCCAUAUUCUGCACUUAAAGCUGCUUUGAAGUAUCCUGAGAUGAGUGAUGUCUUAGUGAGGAUGCUUUUGGUUGGGAUUCCCUUGGAUGAACCAUAUUUGCAACUUAAAUUGUCCAGUCUGUUGAGAGAGGAAAGGAAGCGUCUCAAAGAAGGAAAAGUUUAUAUUUCGGACUGCUACUAUUUGAUGGGCACUGUUGAUCCUACUGGAAAGCUUAGAUCCAAUCAAGUCUGCAUUAUUUUGGAUCAUGGGCAAAUAGUGGGUGAAGUUUUGGUUUACAAGCAUCCUGGAUUGCAUUUUGGGGACAUCCAUAGAUUUUCAUCUACUUAUAUUGAGGAGUUACCAAAUUUUGUUGGAAAUUCAAAAUUUGCCAUCUUCUUUCCUACCCAAGGUCCUCGGUCAGCAGCUGAUGAAAUAGCUAAUAGUGAUUUUGAUGGUGACAUGUACUGGGUAUCAUUGAACUCCAAGUUGCUGUCCUCCUUCCGGUCCAGCAGACCAUGGGAGCGUCCUCCUUCUGCAGCAAAGCAGUCUGUAAAGCCCCUGCCUUCAUCCCCAGUGGAGCUGGAAAGAGAGCUUUUCAGUACUUUUUUAGCAAAUCGGUUCCAUCCGAGCAAUACUAUAAGUAUGGCGGCGGACAGCUGGUUAGCCUACAUGGAUCGUUUAUUGACCCUUGGAGAUGACUGUGAAGAGGAGAGAAGAUGCCUAACAAAAAAAAUGCUUCGGUUAACUAACAUCUUUUAUGAUGCUUUAGAUGCUCAAAAAACUGGAAAGAAGGUUGAAGUCACAAAAGAUUUGAGAGCUGAUCAAUAUCCACAUUACCUGGAACGUGACAACUCAUAUAUUUCACGGUCUAUCUUGGGUAUGAUCUAUGAUAAGGUAAGGUUGUCAGUUGAAGAGGAUCAACAACCCCAAGAAAUAUGGCAACUUUCAUGCUUCACUGAGGAAGUCCCACAGUCCGUUUCCAAAAUGUGGAUUGCCCAUUAUCAAAAGUAUCGAGCUGACAUGAAGAAAGCUAUGGAACUUACGGGGGAGUCUAAAGAUACUGAAGCAGACAGGAUUAUUAGAAAGUAUAAGCAGAUUUUGUAUGGUGCUGCUAAGUAUGAAGAUUCAAUAAAAGCUGCAAAUGAGAUAUUCAUUGAGGCUCGUGCUAUAUAUCAAAUAGUUUAUGGAUAUGCUGCAAAUUUAGGUUCAUAUACUCCUGAUCAGAAUGCCUCACCUUUCGAAUCAGAAAUUGGUAAGGCUCGGUUAUGCUCAUUCGUUUGGAACGUUGCUGGUCCUGCCCUCUGUGACUUCUUUGCUCGGAUCCAGAACAAACAACCUCUUCUCUGCUUGUCUUCCGUUCUACAUGACAUGCUGAUUGGGACUGCAUGAAUAAAGUUAUGUAUUUCUUCUGUAAUAUAAAGACAACUGAUAUGUGUACAAUUCUGUAUUUCAUAUUUAAAUAUCCUUGCUGUAGAAUGCAUGUAUAUGAUUUUGUA